AAAAGUAAUUUGCUGGUUUGAUUCUUGUUAUCCAGUGUUUUAAAAAAUAGUAGCCACAAAGUUUUAAAAAGCAUUUAAUGUUGUCUUUCUUCUUUAAUGUGGAUGCAUUUAAUGUGGAGUCUCAUCCUAACCAUGUUAAAUCCAAAAUAAGUCAUGUUGAUGCAAUUAAGAUGUCUAAAUAAGUGUCAAUUGUAGUUGCAACCUUCAGAAUAAGGGGGGCUGGAGAUUUUACUUUUUGCACUACAACCCCCAGAAUCCCCCAGCCAGUAUGGCCUGUAGCCAUACUGGUUGGGGCAUUCUGCGACUUGUGUCAAAAAAAGUUAUUUUUCCAAUAGGGAGAUGAAAUAACAGUAAGAUUCAAUGCCCCAGAGAGCAGUGUCAUAUAGAAAAAGGCAGUGUGGCAAUUGAUCUGAUACUGAGAUAGACUCUCUUUCACUGAUGGUCCUUUGUGGCAAGAGUGAACAACUAUCUGUCGAGAAUGAUCUAGCUCUAGAUCUCUUGCAUUGAACAGGGGGCUGGAUGGGACCUAUAAGACCCUCUGCACUGCCACACUAUGAAUCUGUAGUCACUUUGUACAAUUCACAGCAGCAUUGCAAGUUCUAGGACCAGGAGUAGGCCAAGUGAUUUGAGGCCCAAAUGCACCCCCCUCCCCUCCUCUCCUAUGCAUUCCCCUCAUGGGGAACAUUGAUAUUCUCCAGCUGCUCAGCUUGCCUAUAGUUGAAUAUGUGCCACCUUGUUAUUCAGCUAGCUAGAGAAGGAAAUCAAAUGGGAGAGGAAGGGGUUUUGAGUGGAUGCUGAUACAUAAGACCUGAUGGGUAAGAUCUGAUUGUACCCACCAUGGUGCCUUUAUGGCAUCCAAAAUCUGUCACUUGAAGUAGCCACCUUCCCUUAUCUUCCAGUCACUGUGUAGAUUUUGCUAGCAGAGAUUUAGCCAGUGUGAUGUUACCUGGGCAAAGUCAAAAUAUGAAAUGUGAAUAGAUGGCUACCCACUCUAGAAGGCGUCUCAUGCUUUGGCCUCUUUAUCUCCAGAUCCUAUCAUGGUGACUAAUCUCAUCCUGGACAGACGGAAUGAGAGCAGCCUCUCAGUGACUUGGCUGCCAACUCGGCAUCGCAGUCAGGUCCCUAUCAGCUACGAGGUCAUGUACUUUGAGAAGGGAGAGGAGAAGCUCUAUACUGUCCAACACCUCCAAGAACCCAAAGUGACCUUGGGAAACUUGCAACCUGACACAGCAUACCUGUUGCGCGUGCGCUCCGUCACACCAUCAGGAGAUGGUCCGUAUUCCCAGGAACAGGAAUUCCGCACCCUUCCACAAGGUAGCCCUUUUCACACAGGGUGAAGUAGUGGGAAAUCCAGAUUGGGAGUUUGCUAGAGAGUCGAUGGACACUUUCUCACAUGCUUUUUUCCAUCUUGGGCUAUUUGGAAGGAAGGUUAGGCAUGAAAACAUCAA